CCACCUCAAUAAUCCCAUCAAACAGCGAGCACCAUAUUGCAAACAUUGUUACAUUGCCAUUUUAGUCAUGAAGAAGAACCUCUUUUUCUCCUUGUUGGCUCUCCUCUUAGUCCUUUUCCUCAUUGCCCAUGUCGGGGAGGCAGCGAUUUCAUGUGACACUGUGGUUAGUAAAUCAACUGCAUGUGUGGCGUAUGCCACAGGCAAGGCUCCAAGCCCCGGUAAUGCAUGCUGUAGUGGGCUGCAACAGCUUGCUCAAUUGGCGAGAACUGUUAAUGAUAAGAAGGAUAUUUGCCGCUGCUUAAAGAGUGCUGCUAAGUCUAUGAAAGUAAAUGACGCAUACUUGAGCAAGAUUCCCCGCCUUUGCAAGAUCAAUGUUGGUUUCUCAGUAUCCUCUAAAACCAACUGUGAAACCAUACACUGAAUUGCUGUGGAGUCAGAGCCGGCCAUUGGGUUGAGAAUGCCAUCAUAAAGAAUAUUAGGAAGGACUUAUAAUAAAUUAAACAGUGAUAAGAAUGUAUCAUCUUCCGUAUGAUGCUACUUCUGGCUUUAUUAAUAAUGGAAUUCUCUAAGUUUUCUGGUUA